AUGUCCCGCUCGCUCGUCGACGUCGCCUUUCGAGCGACGACGUUCGGAUUGUUCGCCACCACGGUCGUCGCUGGCGGGUGGUUCGUCGCGACGGCGGCGAAGGGUUUCAUGCACUACGCCGAGGCGAGCGAACGGGCGAAGCGUGCGGAGGGGGGCGGCGGUGAGGGAGUGAGCGCGCGACGGUAG